AUGUCUAGAAGUUGUGAAUCAACUUGCACCCAUUCGUUAGAGGUUGACUAUCUUAAUGAGAAAUACCGUGAAGUUAUGUCUCAUAAUAGUGCCUUAAGGGAACAAUUAAAUUCCCGAAAACUGCAAGAUCCAGUAAAAUAUCUCAAAUUAUGUGAAGAAUUAACAAAAGAACGUAACGAGUUAAAACAACAGUUAACGGAAUCCGAGUUCGAAGUGAAUCAAGUAUUGUCUGAGAGGGACACUGUUCUGAAAGAGAACCAAAGUCUUUUUGAUAAAAACGAUUCCCUCAGGAAGGAGCUGGAAAAGGUUCUCAAAUCACGUGACGAAUAUAUCAAGGAAAAUGAAGGCUUAAAGAAAAAGUUGGGAGUGCUCAUUCAAUCAAACGAUGAACUUUUAAGUCUUGAAGUUGCAAAUCAGGAAAUUGAUCAGCUAAAAAAGCUGAUUGAGAAAAUUAAGUCUGAAGCAGCAAAGGCAAUGCAAGAAUCAGAAAUUGCUAAAGGCAGACGAGACUGGGCUAUAAGUGAGCGAGAGAAAAUUGUUCAUGAACGUGAUUCAGUGAGGAAUCUUUGUGAUGAACUCAGAAAAGAACGUGACACCGCAACUUCAAAGCUUUUAGCUGCUAUUAGAGAUAAAGACGAGGCAUUUAAGAAAAUUGAACAAUUAAAUGAAAAAAUUGACGUUCUUUCGAAUACUAAGAAAUCGUUUGACAAUCACGGAUAUCAUAAAAAGCAAAGAAUGGACUCUGAAGAUGAAAUUGAAGUUGAUGUAAGUCACAUGCUGGUUAAUGCUGAUCUUGGACUGACUUUAGAUUGCGGGAAUGAAAAUACUGAUUACAAUGGCAACAGUUUCUAUCCGCAAGUUGUUUAUGUCGAACCCAACUCGGUUUUCUAUGGAAAACUUCACACAAAUGAUUUUAUUCAAUUUAUUAAUGGCAUUGACUGUUCAACACUUUCGCAAAGAAUGCUUUUUAAGACGAUUCGCACAAGUGCGCCAACGUGUAAAAUGAUUGUGAAACGAUCGAAACCAAUUCUCAAAGGAAUUUAUAAUGUGCAACUUCAACUUGCAAACAAUUCUAAUCAUGGAAUUAUUUUUGAUACUGGAGUUUACAUCGCUGAUAUUGAGCAGAAUUCUGCAGCUCACUACGAGCCUUUGAUAAGUGCUGGUGAUCGUGUACUUCAAAUCAACGAUAAGACUGUUGAAGGUCUGAAAAACUCAACCGAAUUAAAUCAAAUUAUAAUGAAUAUAAAAAACAAUGAAAAACUUUCAUUGAAAAUCAUGAAAGAUGGAAAGACAACGAACGAAUCGAGUGCGACUUCAUUAAAUCGUGGAUGGAGUAAAAUGAUUAAUUGCAGUACGCAAACUGAUCAAAAUGAGUUGAAGAGAAAUGUGGAGAAUAAUUACAACACUUCGGUGAUUCCUUUUACGCCUUCAACGAAUAUUCAAGAAGCGGACAUUUCAUUAUUUAAUAGCAUCAGUUCGUCAUCACCAAACUCAAAUAAAUCAGCAUCCUCGAAGUUGUCGGGAAUGUUUCAACGAAUAAGAAAGUUGGCAAACUCUAGCAGUAAAGACAAUCAAGAGAAUGAUGCGAUUGCUGUUCUUGAUUCAGUGCUUGAUAGUCAAGACUCGCUCGACAACAACAACGCACAAGAGAAAGGAAAAAAGUUGAAAAAUAAGAAAAACAUUGCGAAAAGUUGGCCAAGAGCUGCAAUGGUAAUGCAUGACAGUGGAAAGUCUCAUUCAGGCACAGUCGUGUUUAAUCGAAAGAAGAAUCGUCCACAACUUUAUUUAAUUUCGACAGAUGAUCAACCAACGGUUCAAGAUGAACGCAAAGAAUUGAAAGAGAAAAUAACUUCGGAAAAACAAAAAGUUGUCAACACUUUCUUUGCGCCUCCAUUGCCACCAACAACAGCAUCACGUUCAUCAAAUAGAAAUUCAAAUCCUUUGCCAAUCACCAAUCAAUUUAUGCUUCGAAAUUCUGCUGUUCCACCACGGUCAACAUUGCCAAGCAAUCCAACAAGUAAAAGUCCGAUUUACAUGGGCACAAUUUAUGAACCGACAUCAAAAAAUUACAAUCUCAAACGACUGAGUCUGAACUUGUCAAGUGCAAACACAAAGUCACAUUUUCAACACAAUUCCUUCAUACCGAUUAAAACCAGCAAUAGUAUUGAGUCGCCAUCAAUCUCAAAGAGUCCACUCGAAGCACCUAAAGAAGAUGGACUCGACUUUACGACACCGAAGAUGAACAAGUAUUUCAGCAAUUAUUCCAAUAAAUAUGAUGGAACGUCUGAGGGUGAUAAUCUCAGCAGUUCUGGUGGAGUUUCGCAACAAGAUUCAUUGAAUAAUGCCAGCAUUGGGAUGAUUCCUUCACAUAUGAGAAUGCAGUCAGUUGGAUGUGGUCAAGGAAGUUCCGGAUUGUAUUCGAGCUCAUAUUUAGCAAGUCGUUAUGCAAGUCCUUUACCAUUUCCAUCGAAUGAUCUUCUUCCUCCAUGUCAUGAUCUCAAUCUUCAGUCAUCUUCACUUCAUAAUUCACAAAACUCAUCAAUUGACUACUCGUUUCCACCGAAAGUCAAAUCGCAAUUGUCACGAGAAGAGAUGCAAGCGUUUCAAGGAAUAACUUCAAUUGGAUCGUAUCAAGAAGGAAUUUCAGGAACAUUUCCACGUAAUCGAGGAAAUGCCUUUCGAAUGGGAGCUAAUCAAGUUGGAUUGCCAAUUAUAUCGAAAUCAAUUAAAAUAAGUAACAAUUCACUUGAUUAUUGUGGAACGCCAGAUCGAGCAUCGCCCAUGCCAACAUUUCAAAUUCAAAUCGUGGAGCAAGGACGAAAUGUGAACAUCAAUAAAAGAAAUUCUUUAUCUGAUUAUGCGAUGGGCUAUAAACCAAACAUCGGUGAACAACGAAGAGUUCAUAUAGACAAAAGUGAAAAGCCGCUUGGUAUUAGCAUUCGAUGUAGAAAUAAUCGUGGCGUGUUUGUGUCACAUGUUGGCGAGAAUUCAAUCGCAAGUCAAGUUGGAUUACAAAUUGGUGAUCAAUUGUUGGAGUUUUGUGGCAUAAACAUGAGAUCAGCGACUUAUGAUUUAGCAGCUAAAUUCUUAAGACAAUGUGGCAAUUCAAUAACGAUGGUUGUUCAAUAUAAUCCCGAGAAAUAUGAUGAAUUGAGUACAAGUGAUGAGAAUGUGUCACGAUCUGACGAUUCAACUCCUCAAAAUUCUCCCAAAGUCACUCGAUCAGUCAUGUCAACAGAUUCUAUUCAAAACACAAGAAUGUCGUCAUUACCACCACAAGAAUCAUCACAUUCAACAGGAACAUUGAGAACACACAGACAUCCGAUAAUGUCGCCACCUCCAAUUUCGCAAGGUAAAAGUGCUUCGUUUGUUUCAUCAUCAUCGAAUGGCAAUCACAUGAUGCCUGGAAAUCCUUUCACUUUGGGAAAAGACCAGCCACGGAUUGUUUACAUUGAAACGAGAAAAAAUCCAAACUUGGGAGUAAGUUUAGUUGGUGGCAAUGCUUAUGGAAUCUUCAUUCAUAGCGUUCAAAAGAACUCAAUUGCUAAUGAAGUUGGACUUCGUGUAGGUGAUCAAAUUUUAGAAUAUAAUGGGACUGACUUGAGACGAGCAACCGCUGAAUAUGCUGCGUUUGAACUUGCAAAACCAGCUGAUAAAGUUACUGCAAUCGUUCAAUACAAUAUACAAAAAUUCAAUCAAGCAAAAGCCAAGCAAGGAGAUUCAUUUUAUAUUCGUGUCGGAUUUGAUCGAAAAGUUGAAUCAAAUAAAUCUGAUUUAUCAUAUGCUAAAGAUGAAGUGCUUGAACUUUCAUUCAAUAAAGAUGAUGUUUUGUAUGUUGAAAAUACGAUGUUCAAUGGUGUGUCGGGCCAUUGGCGUGCUUGGAAACUUGAUGAACAUGGCUGCAGACUUCAAUGCGGAAUAAUUCCAAGUCAAAUGAAAGUUGAAGAGGAAUUGCGAUUGUUAGGCGACACUGUUGAGGGAGAUUCAUCUUCAAGUCGACGAAGCUCCACAUCAGCAAGACGUUCGUUCUUUAAGAGAAUUAAACCUCAGCGUGGAUCAUCACGAGAUUCCAAAGAACUUGCAAGCUUCAGCAACACACAUUUGAGUUUGUAUUUGGAACCGUCAGUUAAUGAUGACAGUCCCAUGAGUUAUCAACGUGUCGAACGAUUAGAUUAUAAAUAUCGACCAGUUCUUGUCAUUGGCGCACUCAGUGAAUGGGUUGUUGAUAAAAUGAUUAUCGACUUUCCUGAACAAUUUCAUCGAUGUAUUGUCAGUCAAAUGCGUUGCAGUAAAGAAGAAAUUGAAAUGAGACUAAAUAAUAAUUCAAUCAUCGAAUAUCGACGUCGAGGAAGUUUAUUUGAAUGCGUUUCGCUGCAAGCAGUCAAAAAUAAUAAGCAAUCACAUUGCAUCCUUGACGUAAAUUUAUCAGCAGUUGAACGUCUUCAUCGCAAUCAAAUUUAUCCAAUUGUUUUGCUUUUGAAGUUUAAAUCAGCGAAGCAAAUAAAAGAAAUUAAAGAAUCUAGAUAUGGAACUGCAACGAUGUUCUCAACGAAACAAGCAAAGGAAAUGUAUGAACAUGCUUUAAAGUUGGAAUCAGAAUAUCGUCAAUACAUAUCAGGCAAGUUUCUGUUGUUAUACAAGGCGUUAACAUCACACAUAUGAGCACACAAAUCAAAACAGCUGUUGAUGCUGAACAAGAAAAGAUUCUUUGGGUUCCAACCUCUUGAAUGAAUGUAAUCAAAUGUCGUAAACGAAAACAAUAAUUAUUGCAUACAUAUAUCUGCAUGUCUUCCGAAAAAAAAACAUUUUAAAGCGUUUUUAAUGAUAUUUAAAUUAUAAACACAUACGCAUGAAUAUUGUUAACUUUGACUAAAUUAUCCUUAUCAUCAUUGAUAAUCUGUUGUGGCAAGAAAUACUUUUCUAAUACAUUUUUGCAUGUAUGCACACAAUUCGAGUUAUCGAAGGAGAAUUGAUGUUUUUAUUUUACUUUUUAAAAAGAAACGCCGUCGGUUCUACGAACACUUAAAUUUGUUUCUCUUUAAGAAAAGUUUUCGGGUGUUGGUAGAAUUGACUGUUGAAUUGGGUUUUUAUUAUAUUGAAUAUGGAAUAACAUAUCUAACGCAAUAUCAUGAUCGAACUUAUAUAAUUUCUUAAAUCAAAUAUAAACACUGAAUUAUAUAUUUCUAAGAUGAACAACUUUGUUGAGUUGUAUGAAUUGUUUUAUGUAUUUAAUAAACUUUUGAAAAGAAAA